GCGGGCUCCGUGUUGAUGACAUCACUUCCGGGGCGACAGGUUCGGGCUUCCUUGCACCUAGGAAAGGGCGGUCGAUCGGCUUUGCUGCGGAAAGUAGACGAGUACUAGUUACUGUCGUUCACGAGGAAGGAAUUAUCUAUACAGUAAAUAUGCUAAUAUUGAAUAAGACAGCAGGAGUUUUUUCUAAACCAUCAAAAAGGAAUAUGUAUGAAUUUCUAAGAAGUUUUAAUUUUCAUCCUGGAAAACUAUUUCUUCAUAAACUAGUUUUGGGAAUUGAAACCAGUUGUGAUGAUACAGCAGCUGCUGUGGUGGAUGAAACCGGAAAUGUUUUGGGAGAAGCAAUACAUUCCCAAACCGAAGUUCAUUUAAAAACAGGUGGGAUUAUUCCUCCAGUAGCUCAACAGCUUCAUAGAGAAAAUAUUCAACGCAUAGUGCAAGAAGCUCUCUCUGCCAGUAAAGUCUCUCCAAGUGAACUCUCAGCAAUUGCAACUACCAUAAAACCAGGACUUGCUUUAAGCCUGGGUGUAGGCUUAUCAUUUAGCUUACAACUGGUAGACCAGUUAAAAAAGCCCUUCAUUCCCAUUCAUCAUAUGGAGGCUCAUGCACUUACUAUUAGGUUGACAAAUAAAGUAGAAUUUCCUUUUUUAGUUCUUUUGAUUUCAGGAGGUCAUUGUCUUUUGGCAUUAGUUAGAGGAGUUUCAGAUUUUCUGCUUCUUGGAAAGUCUUUGGAUAUAGCGCCAGGUGACAUGCUUGACAAGGUAGCAAGAAGACUUUCUUUAAUAAAACAUCCAGAGUGCUCCACCAUGAGUGGUGGGAAGGCUAUAGAACAUUUGGCCAAACAGGGAAAUAAACUGCAUUUUGAUUUCAAACCUCCCAUGCAACAUGCUAAAAAUUGUGACUUUUCUUUUUCUGGACUUCAUCACAUUAUUGAUAAGAUGAUAAUGCAAAAGGAAAAAGAAGAAGGUAUUGAGAAGGGGCAAAUCCUGUCUUCAGCUGCAGAUAUUGCUGCUGCAGUACAGCACACAGUAGCCUGCCACAUUGCAAAAAGAACACAUCGUGCUAUUCUAUUUUGCAAGCAGAGAGACUUGUUAUGUCAAAGUAAUGCAGUACUGGUUGUAUCUGGAGGCGUUGCAAGUAACUUACAUAUCCGAAAAGCUCUGGAAAUCGUGACAGAUGCAACACAAUGCACUUUGUUGUGUCCUCCUCCCAGACUGUGCACUGACAACGGCGUUAUGAUUGCGUGGAAUGGUGUUGAAAGAUUGCGUGCUGGCUUGGGCAUUUUACACAGCACAGAAGGCAUCCGCUAUGAGCCAAAAUGUCCUCUUGGAGCAGAUAUAUCAAAAGAAGUUGGAGAAGCUGCCAUAAAAGUACCACGAUUAAAAAUGAAGAUUUGAUUUUUGCUUUUCAAAAAUAUCCCUAAAGGAAUAUCGGGCUUCCCUGGUGGCGCAGUGGUUGAGAGUCUGCCUGCCAAUGCAGGGGACACGGGUUCGAGCCCUGGUCUGGGAGGAUCCCACAUGCCGCGGAGCAACUGGGCCCAUGAGCCACAACUACUGAGCCUGUGCAUCUGGAGCCUGUGCUCCACAACAGGAGAGGCCGCAACAGUGAGAGGCCCGUGCACCGCGAUGAAGAGUGGCCCCUGCUCGCCGCAAGCAGAGAAAGCCCUCGCACAGAAACGAAGACCCAAUGCAGCCAAAUAAAUAAAUAAAAUAGGAAUAUCUAUAAUCUAAGUUCUUAAAAUUUCAAAGUAUCAAAACUAUUCCAGAUGCUACAAACACACAUGUCAAAAUUAAGUUCAUGAUAUAAAUCAGGUAAACUACAGAUUAAAAAAACAAGCAAAUUCUGGAAGCAUUCCAUAUAUUUAGGUCUUUCAGUAUUUAGCCAGAAGGAAGGAAGAGAAAGGGAGAAACAUUGAACUCUAUGUUGGUAAGCAUGUGUGCCAGUUAGCUUAUAGUACAGGUAAGAGGCAGGCAAUUUGCUGAAACUCUCUAUAUAUUGAGGCCUUUCUCAUCUUAUGUAUAAUUUUUAAAAAUAAAAAGCAAGUGCAGGGUAAUAAACAUAAUCUGUACUUUGGGGCUGUACUUGAGAAAUACUGUAAAGUUUUAAGCGUGGUGGUUGGCCCUGCUAGGCCUAGAUACUCAGGAAAUGUCUGUUAUUGAAUGCAAAAAAACCCUGAUCAUCAACUUUGAAACCACCUGAAGCCAGUUUUAAAGCUCAAAGUUUGCUGUCUAAAGGCUUUUAUCUUUUGAAUGUCUAGAGAGGCUUAAUGUUUCCAAUGAUAUGAAUUAACAGUGCUGAAUAAAUGACACAGGUUUGUAUCAUUUGAAUUAUUUAUCCCUUUCUAGUAUAAAAUAUGCCAUUCUUCUCAGAAUUCCACCAGGAAGUUGUGACUCAGAGCUAUUAAGAUAAUUUUGAAUCAGAUUUGAAGAUUAAAGAGGUCUCUUAUUGUACAGUGGUUAAGAGCACAGGCUUUGGACUGUGGCACACAGAAAGCCCUGAGUACCUGUAGCUGCAGUCACCACCAUCAUUACUGUUACGUUAAGGCAUGUUGGAGAAAAUAACUGCUAAUUAAUGUAUGUGUUCACUGCAGCCCAGGUAGACUAUAGAGACAAUUGAGCAAAGUGGACAGAGAAAAACGGUGGCUCUUUAAAGGACCCACUGAAACCUAGUUAGCUUUUAUAUCAAAUCCAUUUGCUGCUGUAUGUGAGAAGCAGACAUACAUCAAAACUUGCACCUACUGGAAACAAUACUGGUUGGGCAAAGACAUCACAUGAUUCUAAGCCACAAAGAAUGUCAUCUAUUCCAGCUGCAAACCAAAGAUACUCUGUACAUAUGGAGAAUGGUCAACAGUGGUGGCCACACUUUUUAGCCAUACUUUUGUGCUUGAUGGGAAAUGAUUUCAGAUUUUUCUUUAGUAAAAUGUUUUUAAAAGCAUACAUUUCAGAUUUUAGAAGACUCGUGUACCUGUAGUAUUUAUCAUUAAAUAUCUUAAGGUAGUACAGUGAGUGUUAACAUGUAGGCUACUUUGAAUCAGGUCUUUUUAGCCCAGCAUACCAAUUUAAAAAUGUUUCUUAUUUUAAAAUGUUUCUAACACUUGAUAUAUACACUAAUUGUGCCACUUGUGUGAGUUGCUAUAUCUUAAUAGUUUUUUUUUUUUUCUUUAUUUUUCUUUUCUUCGCUGUAUGCGGGCCUCUCAUUGUUGUGGCCUCUCCCGUUGUGGAGCACAGGCUCCGGAUGCGCAGGCUCAGCCGCCAUGGCUCACGGGCCCAGCCGCUCCGCGGCAUGUGGGAUCCUCCCGAACCAGGGCACGAAGCCAGGUCCCCUGCAUCGGCAGGAGGACUCUCAACCACUGCGCCACCAGGGAAGCCCCUAUAUCUUAAUAGUUUUAAGUGCAGGCAUUCUAUUAGAGAAACUUCUACUUAUUUUUUGAAACCAUAUUUCUGACCUGAUGUUAAAUUCCAGUAGACAUGCUAAGGAAAAUUUGUUAAGUAUCAAUAUCAAGAACUUCCAUUCAAAAAGAUUACUCAGUUAUGUAUAUUUUACCACAAUUAAAAAUAAAAAAUUUUAAAAGAUUGCUCAGGAAUCCUUUUACACUAAAAUGUUUUUAAUUAGCCUUCUGCAGGCUCCGGAUUAGCUUUCUGUACAUGUUUCCCAAGUUGGCUCAAAAGCACUAUUCUUGGUCUUGAUACAGUUGUGAUAUCUGAUGAAAUUGCAGAUGAAAAGGAAAAAAUACUGUGAGAAGCAGUGGUCUUUUUUGUUUUGAAGAGUCCCAUGAAGUUAGUUACAGGAGGUAUAAAAGUCAAAGAAUCUCUUGGUUGAAUUUUGGGUUUUAAUUUUCUUCGGUGCUCUUUCCCUAAAAAUUAGAGAGCCACAAUUAAGUGCCUCUUUCUUAAGCCUAAGAACCCUAGGUAUAGUCUCAUUGCUUUUAGUUCUAUAUAUUUCUGUUUUCUUCACUAAAACAUACUAAGAGAACAGAUCAGUAGCUUCCAGACUUUGAGAUGAUGCCAGAGUGCAAAAAUCUGUGGGGAUCAACAUACAGUUGCCAACUUUUUAUUAGGCCAAGUUGGCACUAGUGAAAGAACAAAUGCCAGCUACUUUAAACAUCGUUUUGUAAAAGAUGGGAUAUUUUAAUGUCAAUAGAAAGUGUAAAAGGCAUUAUCUCAAAAUGGAGGAUUUUACUUGAAUGAAAUUAACUUUAUAAGAAAUUUGAUUGUCCUUAUUUUUUCUUAUGUUACCACAAACCUGUGAAAACUUUAUCAGGCCGUUACUGGUAUACAUAUUGUUAUUCACAAACCAAUAUUAAAGUGAAGGAAUAAUGGAA